AUGGAGAUGGAAGAAGAGAAGGAUCUACCUCUGCUAUUGGGAACCCCAUUCCUUAGCACAGUUGGCGCUUCAAUAGACUUUCACAAGCAAGAAGUGAUUCUUCACAAGGUGAAUAGUUUGGUGUCAUAUCGCUUGCAGCCUAGAGGUUGUGAAGGAAAGGUUGACAAAGAACCAAGAGUUGUGAGAGAUAAGGUUGAGAAGGACAAAGGAGUUGAUAAAGGACCAAGGAUUGAGAAGCCACGUCUUGAGAGGGCUAGAGUUGAGAACCACGUGACAAGAAGCCAGCUCGACCGACAGCUCGAUCGAGCUAGAAACAAGGGUAACUCGAUCGAGUUCCACAACUCGACCAAGGUCUUUUGGAGCAUUUGGAGCAUAUGGGACGUGAGAGGAGCAAGGAAGGACUUGGUGCAUGGACGCAGCUCAACUGGAUACGCAAAGGAAGAAGGAGGAAGCCAUCUUGAAGACCAGCUCGACCACUCCGGUCGAGUUCCUCAACUCGACCGGCCAAGCUUCAACUCGAUCGAGCUGAGAAGUCAACAGUCAAACCCGAAAAAUGUUGCUUCCCCCUUGACUUUCCUUUGA